UCAUAAUCAUUUAGACGCUUUGCAGACGCAAAGAAGCAGGAAAACAGCCUUGCAGACUGAUAAAAGGUAGACUAAUCGUUAUACGAUUAUCAAUAUGGAUCCAGCACUUUUGAAAGAAAGAAAGGCUUUCUUAGAAAGAGCGAAAUCACAGCCUACAGUUGAAAAACGAAAGAAACCCAAACAGGAAAAUGACGACAGAUCUGCAAAAAAGUCGAAAUCUUCUAACUUUUCUCGACCAAAGCCUACAGAAAGUAGUAGUGCUCCGCAAGCUAAAUCCUUCGACUACAAAAAGAUGCGAGGCAGUUCUCAGUACAAGUUUGGUAUUCUCGCUAAAAUAGUGAAAUACAUGCGCGACAGGCAUCAACAGGGAGAGCGCCAUUCCCUCACAAUAGACGAGAUUCUUGAUGAAACUAAUCAGCUCGACGCUGGCUCCAAAAUGAGGCACUGGCUCAUCACAGAAGCUUUGUUGAGUAAUCCAAAAGUUAAGGCGGUGGAAGGAGGGCAGAAGUAUUUGUUUCGGCCCACGUAUGAAAUUAAAGACAGGAAAGCCUUCCUCAACUUACUCAAGCGACACGACUUACAUGGGAUGGGAGGAGUAUUAAAAGAAGAUAUAGACGAGUCGUUUGGUACCACAAACACAGACAAGGCUUUGAAAGCACUGGGUGAGAACGUUGUUGUUGUGACACGACCCACAGACAAAAAACAGGUGCUGUAUUACAAUGAUAAAUACUGCCGUUACACUGUGGACGAAGAGUUCAAAAAACUUUGGAGGGGCGUUUCUGUGGACGGUUUAGAUGAGAAAAAGAUAGAAGAGUAUCUGGAAAAGCAAGGCAUCACCUCUAUGCAGGACACUGGCCUAAGAAAGGCUGGUCCCAUACAGAAGAGGAAGAAGGGAGGCAGAAAAACAUUCAAGAAAUUGAACGAACAUUUGGAUGGUGUCCUUCAGGAUUACUCAGAAAAAUCUUAAGACAUCUCUAAACGGUCACGAGGAAAUUGUUGUUUUAAUUGUUGUCACCAAUUUGAAUAAAUUCGUUUUAAAAAGCUGAA